AUGGACGCCCAUGUGACUCUGCUCUUCAGCUUUCCCCCGCACCCACCUCCAAAUCCUCCUCUCACAGACGCAGAAUAUGAUAAGCAAGCCAGAAACUUCACCCAUUCAAUACAGAAGAUCCCGCUCUCCAAAUUGACAGGUUCUGUUUCCGGGGGCAGCUUGCUCGACGUGAGAUUGCCUAAACCGUCCCAUAGCUGCAAAGUGCUGAUUGCUGCUCAGAUUUUGAAUCCUGCCAUUAACUCGAUCUCCUACUCACAUGUCCUGCUGGCUCACAUAAUCGAUCCGAGUGUAAAAGGAAAGAAUGCGCCUGCAAUACAUGACGCUUUUGCUCCUGGGACGCCGUUAUGGCAAAAGAUGUUAGACUUCAUGUCACACUUCGAUCCUGUUCAAAUACGUUACGCUGGAAGCGAUGUUCGUACUAUCAUCGAAACGACUAAUCACAAAGCCUUACUGGCUCAAGAGCCAGCAUCAGCUAUCAACCCAAUAAGAACCGCCAUCUUGCGCAUCGACCCUUCCGGCGCUACCUUCACAUCCUCACACGUUCUCCUGAUACGCUUGUGCUUAUACGCUCGAGCAUACGCUGCUCCACUACAAGUCCUUGACUCCGACAUUUAUCACUUUCCGGCCAUGACGAACAAAGGAGCUGAAGCUGUUGCUGACAGCCUUGCUCCUUUCCCUUGCUCUUUCCAUGAAACAAGCUCAACUUUCAUAAACACUGCAUCUGGACUCACUCGAAAAUUAGACUAUCAAGAUCAUUUAGAAUAUUUUUUACUUGGCGCAAUGUGCUACAUGGCAUUGAAAGAUUGGGAUCGAGGCAUGCUAUUCCUUGAGCUCUGUCUCACUUCCCCUACCACAAAUACGGCGAGCCGAAUACAGGUUGAGGCUUACAAGAAAUAUGUUCUGGUUUCGCUUCUCCUCUACGGAAAGCUAGUGCCAUUACCGAAGACGGCAAAUGUUCAGACAGUCCGAAUGUGCCAAAAUUUAAGUAAACCUCACACCGGCCUUGCUGAGGUCUUCAAGUAUGGUAUUGACAAAGAAGAGCCUGCGACAAAGUUGAUAGCAGAGGCGCAAGAGGGGAACAAGUUUUGGCAAGAGGAGUGUAAUUUGGGUCUAGUACGGCAAGUUUUGGAUGCCUACCGACAGUUCUCCGUGCAACGGUUGGGGAAGACAUUCGCUGCGCUUCCCAUACCAGAAAUAUCGAAACGGACUUCGUGGGAUCCGAACGAUCACGUGGAAACGGGCCAAUACAUUAUCAAGCUUAUCAGCGCUGGCCAGCUCAAUGCGACAAUUUCGGAACCUUCUGAAGAUCCAUCUACCUGGGUCUUGCGGUUCUUCAGCUCCUCAAACGAGGGUCCAAAAGCGCGGUCAGGAGAGCAACAGUUUGAUGACUUGCAGCGACAGGUUGCAAAGGUCCAGACACUCAUGUCUCACGUGAGAGAAACCGACCGGAAAUUCGGGCUCAGCAAGGAGUACAUCUCGGAGCAGAAGCGGCUGAAAAAGGGGGUGGGAUGGGGGGAGAAGAGUUAA